CCGCUUGCGCACGGCUGACGCUCUAGCCCGCGCUACCCGGCCCCUCUCGCCUGCCCUGGCGGGGUUCCGAGUCGCCGGCUGGUGGCUCGGUGGCCGAGGCCGGAGACCCUUCCACCGCGUGUCCGUCAUGGACGGCGCCAGCACCUGCCCCAGCUUUCAGUCGGACUUGGAUUUCUGUCCGGAUUGCGGCUCGGUCCUGCCCCUGCCCGGAGCUCAGGAUACGGUCGUCUGUACUCGCUGUGGCUUCUCCAUCCACGUGCGGGACUUCGAAGGGAAGGUCGUGCAGACUUCCUUUGUGUUCCACAAGCUGGGGGCAGCCGCGCCUGCGUCGGCGGAGGAAGGGCCCGAGUUCCAGGGGCCCGUGGUUGACAGGCGCUGCUCUCGCUGUGGCCACGAGGGAAUGGCGUACCACACCCGGCAGAUGCGCUCGGCCGACGAGGGGCAGACCGUCUUCUACACCUGCACCAGCUGCAAGUUCCAGGAGAAGGAAGAUUCAUAAUCUUUUUUCUGGGCAACUCUGCAAAUCUUCCUUGAGAAGCAAAACAUAUUGGUUCUUAGAUGCCUUGUCCAUUGGCUAUUAGUGGCAAAGUUUGGCUCGAUCGUCAUGUGGGGACUACCAUUGUCCCCAGAGCACUUCUACCUCUAGUUGAGCUUACUUACUAAAGUUGUAUUUUUUCUAAGAACUCUACAUGUUAUUUAUAAUUUGUUUUAUCCCAAAGGAAUUUAAAUAAGUUUACUGAGCUAUAUUUGUAUGAAAAUGGCCACAAUAAAAGAAAAGACCAAAAGACUGGAGCCAGAAAUGAGACUAAUAUAAAAGCAAUUGUGGGGCCGGCAGUGUGACGUAGCAAGUUAAGCUGCCGUUUGCAGUGCCAGCAUCCCGUAUGGGAGCUGGUUUGAGUCCCAGCUGUUCCACUUCUGAUCCAGCUCCCUGCAAAUGCUCCUGAGAAAGCAGUGGAAGGUGGCCCAACUGCUUGGGCCCCUACUCUUCACAUAGAACUUACUGGCUCCUGGCUUUGGAUCAGCUCAGCUGCUGCCAUUUGGGAGUGAACCAGCAGAUGGAAGAUCUGUGUCUCCCUCUUUAACUCUGCCUUUCAAGCAAAUAAAUAAUCUUAAAAAAAAAAAAGCAGUUUGUAUUCCCUGUCUAUCUGGUUCCUGAGUUUAGGGAAACAAAAGCUGGGAUUUGGAUAUUGAGAGAUUCAACAGCAACUUUAACCAGAUUAUUUGGCAUAUAAAUUUGGGCAACUGGGAUACUAAGGGACACCAGUAUGUAGUUACUAUAGGAGACUUUUAAUUUCUCUUGAGAUAAAUAUUUAUUCAUUGGCAUAGAUUUCUUAUACGGAAAGGUAGAAAAAAGUAAAACAAAGAAUCUCACUCCACAGUGAUAACCAAAUUAUGCAUCAGUACUUUUAUAUGUAUGGAAAUACAAAUGUCUUCAUAAAGUCCAUGGGAAUGGAAUUGAAAGACUGUUUUGGUGCAAGAAAAAUUCAAAAUCCAUGCAAAGA